AUGGCCGCGCGCGAACAGCUCCUCACCUCGCCCGACGGCACGCGCAUCUGGGCCGAGUCCGCCGGGGACGCGUCCCAGCCCGCGAUCGUCUUCGUCCACGGGCUCUCGUGCACCGCGCGCGGGUGGGACGCGCAGUUCGCGGACCCGGCCCUCCUCCGCGCCUUCCACCUCGUGCGGUACGAGAUGCGCGGGCACGGGCGGAGCGGGAAGCCGGUCGACGAGGCCGCGUACGCGUCGGACAGGAUCGCGGCGGACUUCAAGACGGUCUGCGACGCGUUCGCGGUCGUCAGGCCGAUCAUGGCUGGCUGGAGCCUGGGAGGCGCGAUCGCGGUGGACGUCGUGACCGCGUACGGCGCGGACUACCUCGCGGGGAUCAUCUACAUCGGCGGCUCGAUCGUCGCGCUGCACUACCACGGGCCGUGCAAGCACCCGCGGAUCAGCGAGAUCAUCCCGUACAGCAUGUCGCCCGACGCGGACCAGACGCACGUCGGCGCGGAGCUCUUCGUGGACUCGUGCGUGAAGGCGCCGCUGCCGUACGCGACGAAGCUCGAGUGGAUGGGCGGGUUCAUCGUCCAGCCGCGGCUGAGCCGGCACUGGAGCAUCAACCGCGCGCAGGACCACACCGUCUGGGAGGCGAGCGCGCGGGGCAUCCCGGUGGUGAUCAUCCAGGGGACGGAGGACGAGCACUGCGUGUACGAGAACAUGAUCAGCCGGGCGAAGACGGUGUACGCGGACGUGGAGGUGCACCUGCUGGAGGAUGUCGGGCACUCGCCGCAUUUCGAGAGGCCGGAGGUGGCGAACGAGCUGAUGCUGGAGUGGGCGUUGAGGAAGACGGCGGCGGCGUAG